AUGGUAGACCGUAGGAUAGCUAAUUCAGGCCAGGUGAGGGGCCUCUCUUCUUCACUUGAGAGCACUGGUUGGAAAGCGCUUUCGAAGAGAAAACUUUGUUUGGUUAUUUUCAUUCUGCUUCCCCUGCUUAACAUAGUACAGACACGAAUUUACUCUCGGGAGCAAGCGCACCACGUACCCGCGGCAAAGUCGCCGAGACAUCACGACCUGUUGUCGCUAAGAGAAAUACUGCAUCUUCUUGAAAAACAUGAAAAAGAAAUCCAUGAGAAACAUAGAGCAUCACGCGACACGGUAACCGUCGUUCUGAACGUGUUCCUUCGACCGGGAGCAUUCCGUCGCGUCCUCGAUGGAAUCGGAAGUCAGACUGCUCUGCAAAGCAUCACUCAUGUAAACGUUCUUGCCUUGGGGUCCCCAUUCGUCCAUCAGUAUGGGAAGCUUCUUGAAGAGUACCGCAAGACUGCGAGUUGGACAUCGGAGGUUUCUAUUUCCCUCGUGACAUCGGAGCCGACUUUCAACCCCGGUUAUUUUGGACGUUUUCUGCUGUCGAUGAAUCUGAAUACAACUUUCACGCUCAUUUUAGAUGAUGACGUUGUGCUGGGAGCGCGAUACCUGGAGCUGUGUCUGCGUUGGGCCCGCUCUAUCGACAAACAUGCUGUGCUUGGCCAGCGCGGGGCGCGAUAUUACAGAAACGAACUUCGAAAGCGCUCAUUGUUUGGCCUUGGCAAGCGCCUUUCUCCGAAUAAAUAUCAUGAUUUUUUCGGGGAACACGGCCUACUGCGGGACACUGAUGUGCUCUUCUCCGCUUGGUUCUUGCGGACGAAGUGGAUUCUCAAGAUGUUCGCGGAGGAGCCCCUCACCUGGGCCACCGCCGAGGAUAUCCAUUUAGGUAUGUUGCUUCGUCAGCGCUUCGGCAUAAGAAUGGUCGCCUUACCGGUAGAUCCCCAGUUGCCAGAAUUUCGACUCAAUCAUGACCAAUCCCUGGAAAUAACGAACCGUUCUUGGUCGGACGAGAAUACAGCACUGGUUCGCCUUCGUGAUGCAGCGGUGGAUAUGUGGCUUUCGAGAGAGCUUCAUGGUCAACUUUUGAAUCCACUGCUAUACUCCUGGACCAGAAAAGAUGUUUUUUGGUACAGCAUGCCUGUGAAACGAGGUGCAGGAGCGCUAUCUGCCUACUCGUCAUCCCAACGGAAGAAUCGCAGCGGACGCCUACAUGUUCUGUGGCGUCCCUUUGCCUGCAAACGGCUUCGUUUCGCUCCGAACGAUUCUGUCCCAAUGAUAUCGCUGCCAUACUGUCGCCGCUUACGCUACCGACGACCUCGUAUCGGCAUUGCAAAGUCAUACUUCGGGCUCUGGAAUAGCGGUUAUUUAGCGGACUGCAUGUUCUGGGGUGAUCGAAAUGGGGCUUCAUACCAUGAGUUUCUGGGCUAUACCCUCGAUAUUCGAGGCCAAGAUGAAUGGAUCCUAGACGGGAUUUUGUAUGGAAAUACCUACGGCCGCGUUCGGCUCUGGGAUGUCCGCCGGAACGCACUGAUCAUCGAUGAAUAUCUCGAACAGAACGUAACCCUGCGACUGAAGCGCGUUACAGUUGUGCCACCGACGACCAUUAUAGCCCUCUUUUCAGAACGUCUGGAUGACGGUGUACGAGCAGCACAGCGGAAAUUGUUUGAUGAAAUUCGAAUCUUACCGAAGGAUGGCACGUAA